GGGGGGAGGGGGGAUUCUCAUUACUUUUUCUUUUACUUGAAUAAAACUCUCAUUUCUAAAUUCUAAGGCCACCAAAUUGUGAUACAAGUUUUCCCCAGCUCUUGCUGCUCCUGCCCCGUGAGAACAGAGUCACAGACCUCGAAAAGCCUUUUCCUCCCUGUCCUCACUAAGCUACUUAAUAAUCUGUUCACCAUUUCCUACAGCCGCGGAUACAUACAACAACUACUCUGCAUCAGAGAGAGUCAGAGAGAACCUCUGCUUCGACAUCGCCGGCGAUCAUGGCGUUCACUUCCGGUCGGCCGUUUCUUUUCAAGAGUAUCCUAUUUGCUUGGGUGGUCUUCUUCCCUUCAUCAUUCCCAAUGCAAAUUGAUCACUUGGAGGAUAGCCCAAUAACUGUGGGGAAUAUAAGCUCCAUAAACACGUCUUCUUACGAUUUUGAUUCAUCCUUCAAAGUGAGCUUGCCACCGGCCAUUCUACAAGGCUUCACUUACCCCGCGCCCUUGCCGCAAUGGAAAACAGUUCCAGAAGGAGCAUUCGGAAGUGGAGCAAUUGACCUUGGAGGAUUGGUAGUGUCCCAAACAAGGAACCUCACUCAGGUGUGGAAUACCAGCAAGGGCAAUGGUGCCACUUUCUUCGAACCAUCGUCGCUGCCGGAGGGAUUCUUUAUUCUGGGAUCAUAUGCACAAGCGAACAAUGUCCCGCUUUUCGGAGGCGUCCUUGUCGGGAAAGACGUCACGGGCCGUUCACUAAGAAAACCGACGGACUACGCCCUCUUUUGGUGUAGCCAGAAUAGCACCAAGACAGGCCUUGAUACCACACAGCCAGUCUACUUUUGGGUGCCCAACUGUACGACCGGAUAUGCAGCCGUUGGAUUCCUUGUGACAAACACGUCUAGUAAGCCUCCCCUUGGGAAAAUCAGGUGCGUCCUUUCCAAUUUCACAGAUGCAUCUGUGACCGCGGGUGAUCCGAUUUGGAGCGUGCAUGGCGUGUCAAUAUCCACUGCCAUACCGCAAGAGCGCGGCGGGGUCCAAGCUCGCGCUCUGGCCAUGUGUUCAUUCAUGAUUCAAGCCAGUUCAACCAAUCUUUCUUCACUGCCGCCUACCCCGGCUUGCUUGAGAAACACAAACCAAAAUUUCUCAUCUGCAGCGAUGCCAAACAAGACCCAAAUCCAGACUUUGAUGGAAGCCUACGGCCCUUUAUUUUACUUUCAUCCGGAUGAGAAAUUCCUGCCUUCUUCUGUGGAAUGGUUUUUCCAGAACGGGGCUUUACUAGUGUGGAAAAACGGAUCAUCAGAAGCGGGGGUUCCAGUGUUGCUGAAUGGGUCGAACCUUCCUCUAAAUGGCACCGGGUACUGGUUGGACCUCCCGGCUAACGCUACAGAGAAGCAGAGAGUGAAGAGAGGCGACGUACAGAACGCGACGGCCUAUGUACACGUGAAGUCAAUGUUUGGCGGGACGUUUACAGAUAUGGCAGUUUGGGUGUUUUACCCCUUCAAUGGCCCCGCCUUUUUGAAAGUCGGGCCAGAGACGAUCACCUUGGAAACAAUAGGAGAACACACGGGCGAUUGGGAACACGUGACGUUAAGGAUUAACAACUUCGACGGGGCGUUAGAAAGCGUGUUCUUCUCACAGCACGCGGGAGGAGUUUGGGUAAAGGCUCCCCAGCUGGAGUUCUUGAAUGCGACAAAUAAACCGGUGGUUUAUGCAUCCCUGCACGGCCAUGCUGCAUAUCCGGAAAAGGGAGAGAACUUGCUAGGGAGUGGAUUAGUGAAGAUAAAGAAUUCUGCUGCAAUUGGAAAUGUGUCCAUGGACACUGGGCUGAACUUCACGCUUGUUUCCGCAGAGUGUUUGGGCGAGGACGCUGUGGUUGAGCCAAAUUGGUUGAACAGUUCUUUAGCAUGGGGUCCGACUAUUACCUAUGGCAUUGCAAAGGAGCUGAAACCUUUCCGACAGAAUCUGCCCCCAGAGGUUACGCAUGAGCAAGGACCGUGUAGCCCAAAGUUGAAAGAAUCUUGGAGUGGAGAUGAAAUGUGUUGGAACCACUAAGCCAUUAACCAUAGACUCCCUCCCUCCCUCCCAAUAUUAAUUUCUCAUAACUAUUCACAUAGUCAACUUAAAUUACUCUUAAUCGUUUGCUUUAUAUAUCCAAAAUUUACUUUCUUUUUUAUCGGGUUUUGUAACGGUUUUAAUGUAGUUUCUGAAUAUAUAAAUUUUAUUUAUUAGAAACCAUCUGAGUGUGAACAUGAAUCAAGUUACUUUAUCGUCAAUCAAACAUUAUAAUCCGGUAUGGGAAGUUGUUU